CCUCCUCCUCCUCCUCCUCCUCCAAACAUGGCGCCGGGCCGCAGCGGUGCGUCCUCCCCGACAGAAGACGCAGUGAGGGCCGCAGAGAGGAGACGAAGACGCGGGUAGAAAUUCUUCCUCUUCCUGAUUUCAACCUCUUUUAAAAACAGACUCGACCUCGCGCUCCGCGGCGCGUCCAGAGGAAGCUUUACGCGCGGCUCCUGGACACGGUUACGCGUCAGGCUGUGCGCGUAACGGGAGCAGAGCCCACCUGUCUGACGAAGGUAGACUUCGCUCCGUCUCUUGGAGGAUGUGAAUGUCCCUGAUUUACGCGGAGCAGCGGAGCAGACUGAGCGGACAGACUCAGGCAGGGAGCCGGAGAAAACAUGCGCAGCCCCGGGAGGAGCGCAGACACCGCGGCCGCAGAGGAGUGAGAGCUUCCAGCAGGAGAAAACAACUUUUUCCACUCGACAGGAUGGAUGGAGAGAACUCUGCGCUGUCAGGAGGAGUGGAGAGGGAGAGAGAGAGGCUCCCACCGAUCUACACCAGCUCCGCUCCAGCUGGUUUGGGGCGAGGAGUCAAGCAGCCGUUCCCGUCUCUCGGAACCUUCAUCUCCACGCUGAGCCAGAGGAGGGACGUAGGGGGGCGGGGCUUGACUGGCGGCAUGACGGGCACCCUGAGCGGCACCCUGAGCGGCACCCUGGGGCUCCGACACGGGAGAGAGCUUCCUCCGAUCUGCAGCGACGUUCGUCAGAAGCAGCGUUUCUCCAUCGACACUCUGCCUCCAGAGGUCAAAGCUCCGUUCCCCUCCGACCCCGUCAUCCCGCUGAGAACCAAGACCAGCAGAGAGUUUCAGGGGGACAUGGAGCGAGCCGUCCAAUCAGGGGACUGGAGGGACGUCCGAGAGUUUUACCUGACAACCUUCAAGUCCUUCAUAGAAAUCAACGCUGCCUUCAAGCGAGAGGCGAACGGAUCGUUCAACACGAUAGACGACUCAGGAGUCAACGCCAAGUUUGUCAACGCUGUUUACGACGCACUGCUCAGCACACCACAGGACAUCCAGAAGUCCGUGUUGAAGGGGAUCAUCAACAGUCUGCUGAGAGAGUGGAAGGGGCCUCGCAGCAAAGACGACCUUCGAGCUUAUUUCAUCCUGGUUCAG